AUGGUUGCCACGCCGUUGGACGAAAAGAAGAUGGACAGGGACGACUCGAUUGCCGAAGAGAAGGAUGGCCAGGACAUUAUUCCACAGGGGAACGGCCACCUCAAAGAGAAACACAGCCAGGACAGCGUCAAGGUCGAACGCUUAGGGGGUGAUGCAGAAAACGACGACGAUUCCGGGGAUGAAGAAGAACCACCCGUCGUCAUAGAACGGGUCUUUAGCAGACGAAGCAUGGCCAGCGACCAUCCUCACCAACACCAACACCACCAUCAACCACUGACGGAUCUGGCUCACGGCAUCGUGGGCUGGGACGGGCCCGACGACCCGGAGAACCCUCUGAAUUUCCCCCGUCCCCGGAAAUGGGCUCUGUUGGGUCUGGUGUCGGCCAUCACGUUCGUCUCACCCCUGGCCUCGAGCAUGUUCGCCCCCGCCGUCGGAUUUUUGGGUCAGGAUUUUGGUGUCCACCAGGAGCUGGUGCUCUCUUUUACCGUGAGCGUCUAUCUCUUGGGGUAUGUGUUUGGUCCGUUGGUCUUGGCCCCGUUGAGCGAGAUCUACGGCCGUCGCAUCGUCCUCUGCGGCGCCAAUAUCUUCUUCGUCGUCUGGCAGAUCGGGUGUGCUCUGGCGCCCAACGUGGGCGGGUUGAUCGCCUUCCGCUUCCUCGCGGGGAUCGGCGGUUCGGGAUGCCUCACGCUGGGCGCCGGCGUCAUCGCCGAUCUCUUUGUCGUCGAGGAGCGCGGCCUCGCCACGUCCAUCUGGAGUCUGGGCCCUCUGUUCGGCCCCGUGCUCGGACCGAUCUGUGGAGGCUUCGUGGCCCAACAGAUCGGAUGGAGGUGGGUGUUUUGGAUCCUUCUCAUCGCCAGCGCCUCGACCACCAUCGGCAUCGAGCUGCUCAACAAGGAAACCUACGCGCGCGUCCUCAUCCGAUGGAAGACGCAACGGCUCGCCAAAACGCUCGGCCGCAGCGACCUGAUCAGCUGGUUCGACCGGGAGAAAGGCCCCGUCGGUGCCAAACGAACUCUGAUGGACGGGAUGCGCCGGCCCCUGCAGAUGCUGAUCAAGUACCCCAUCGUCAUGGUCCUGUCGGGGUACAUGUCGUUGGUGUACGGCCUGCUCUACCUCCUCUUCACCACCAUCACGUUUGUCUUCGAGCAACAGUACGGCUUCUCGCCCCAGAUCACCGGCCUCGCCUACCUGGGCAUCGGGAUCGGGUUUUUCCUCGGCGCCGGAGUCAUCGCCGCCACGUCGGACCGCAUGGUGAUCAAGCUGACGAAGCGCAACAACGGCCAGUUCGAGCCCGAGAUGAGGAUGCCGCUCAUGAUCAUCUUCGCCUGCUUCAUCCCCGUCAGCUUCUUCUGGUACGGCUGGGCGGCCGACAAGAAGGUCCACUGGAUCGUCCCCAUCAUCGGCAUGAUCCCCUUCAGCUUCGGCAUGAUGGGCGUCUUCCUCCCCAUCCAGACGUACCUGAUCGACUGCUACCCCACGUACGCCGCGUCGGCGAUUGCCAUUCUGACGGCGACGCGGUCCCUCGUCGGGGCCUUGCUACCUCUCGCCGGACCGCCCAUGUACGACGCCCUCGGGCUGGGCUGGGGCAAUUCUCUGCUGGGCUUCGUCGCACUGGCUUGUAUCCCCAUUCCACUGGUCCUGGAGCGGUACGGCAAGCAGAUAAGGAGCCGGGACAAGCUGGUGCUAUGA